AUGCUCUGCACAGAGAGAAACAGCCCAGAUGCAUGGAAUUCUGCUGUGGAGCAGAGGGAAGCCAACACUGGGAACAUCGUGUCUGAAAUACCUGACUUUUGUGACUGGAAUACCACUAAAGAGGGGAUAUUCUCUUCAAACGGAAAACUGAUGUACUAUACUGAGCAGAAGGUUGGUAACAAAGCUGAGAAGUCAGCAUCCCUGCCCGCGGCAGAGGGCCGGAGCCAGGUGCUGCCAGCGAACAGGAGCGGCACAGAACCCGAUCCCGGGGGCACGGAGACCAGCGCGGGCCGUGAGGGAGGAGCGCUCCGGAGGGGCGGGAGCGGCGGGCGAAGCCUCGCGAGAGCGGGCGGGGUGGCGGCGGCUGCCGCGCUCCUCCCCGUGCCGGUGCCGGCGAGCGAGGCCUGCGCGGGCCCGGGCCGGGCAGUCCCGGGCUGUGCCGGCUCCUCCGCCGUGGGGCAGUUCGUGUCGCUGGACGGUGCAGGGAAAACACCGACUUUAGGAGGAGGAUUCCAUGCCAAUCUGGGAAAGGAGUCACGAGCAAAAACUCUACAGAACGGGAAGCGUCAGAUUCACCACUUGGGAAACCAGCUUCAACUCAAUCAGCAUUGUCUGGAUACUGCCUUUAAUUUUUUCAAGAUGGCUGUGAGCAAACAUCUAACGCGGGGCAGAAAGAGGACCCACGUCAUUGCUGCCUGUCUCUACCUCGUGUGUAGGACAGAAGGAACUCCUCAUAUGUUACUUGACCUCAGCGACCUUCUUCAGGUGAAUGUCUAUGUGCUGGGAAAAACCUUCCUUGUGUUGGCCAGAGAACUCUGCAUAAAUGCUCCAGCCAUAGAUCCGUGUUUGUACAUUCCCCGUUUUGCACACAUGCUGGAGUUCGGGGAUAAGAACCACGAGGUGUCCAUGACGGCUCUGAGGCUGCUGCAGAGGAUGAAGAGGGACUGGAUGCACACCGGGCGCCGGCCCUCGGGGCUCUGCGGGGCAGCUCUGCUAGUGGCAGCAAGAAUGCAUGAUUUCCGACGGACUGUUAAAGAGGUCAUCAGGGUGGUGAAGGUUUGUGAGUCUACAUUAAGGAAAAGGUUGACAGAGUUUCAAGAUACACCAACCAGUCAGCUGACCAUAGAUGAGUUUAUGAAGAUUGACUUGGAAGAAGAAUGUGAUCCUCCUUCGUUUACAGCUGGCCAAAAAAAAUUGAAGAUACAGCAGCUUGAAAAGGCAUUAUCAAAAAAGCUGGAGGAUUUUGAAGGAGAAAUAUCGAGCUACCAAGAUGAAAUAGAGAGUGAAUUAGAAAACAGUAGACCGAAAGUAAAAGGCGUAUUUGCAAAUUUCACUAAAGAUGAUUCUAUAGAAGAUAAUGCCUCUAGCAUUCUUGGAGAGGAGGAGGCAGAAGAUGAGGAACUAGAAGCAGCUGCUAAUCACUUAAACAAGGACUUUUAUGAUGAACUUAAUGAGAAGGAUAGAGGUAAAAGAAAUGAAGAUGGGGAAUGCAGAAAUGGAAGUGAAACUCUUGUAAGACCCCCUGCACUGGAAUCCUUGCUUGGCCCACUGCCCACCGCUGCUAGUCUUGGCAUAACAGAGUCCAUCAGAGAGUGCAUAUCCACAAAGGACCAAGAGCCUGGUGAGAAUACAGGGGAUGGAGAAUUAGAUCUGAGUGGAAUCGAUGACAGUGAAAUAGAUCGGUAUAUACUUAAUGAAGCUGAAGCUCAGAUAAAAGCAGAGCUAUGGAUGAAAGAAAAUGCAGAUUAUUUGAAGGAACAAAAAGAAAAGGAAGCAAGAAUAGCAAAAGAGAAAGAACUUGGGAUUUAUAAGGAACACAAGCCAAAGAAAUCUGCAAAGAAGCGGGAGCCAAUUCAAGCCAGCACAGCAGGAGAGGCAAUUGAAAAGAUGUUAGAACAGAAGAAAAUCUCAAGUAAAAUUAAUUAUAAUGUGCUAAGGGACCUGAACAGCAAAGGAAGUAACACACCAAAGAAAGAGGAUGACAGCACUGAUGACAGCACCAACACCAAGAAGCUGUCAAGAAGAAAAUCUAUUGCCAGUAGGAAUAUAGCCAACCCUGUAAACAGUGUGGGAAAAAGAUUAAGACCCUUGAUUUCAACCCAGUUUGCUAAGAAGGCUGCCACUGAAGAGGUUACCUUUCCAAAUGCACAGGCUGAAGCUUCUGAUGUAGAAAAACCAGCAGCUGUGCUUGUGGAGAGUGGCCCAGUAGCUUACAACCCUGAUGAAGAGGUGGAAGAGGAAGAGGUAGAAGAAGAUGAAGAUCACUGCAUGAGCGCCUUGCAGUUAAUGGGAGGAAAUGAUUAUGGCUGUGAUAUGGAUGAAGAUGAUGGCUAUUAGCUCCAUUUACUUCCAGGGGACAUGGACUGUGUCUUGUUCUCAGCAAAUCUUCGGUCUUCAAGCUGUAUGAAUAGUGAAAGAAGCUGUCUAUGGUCAGCAAAUGUAAUCGAACAAUCCUUACUUUUGUAAAGUGAAUUCAAGGUUGGCAUUGGGUCUGGUCAGUUUACAUUGACCCAUAACCCAGCAAUAACCAGUUUGGAUUGCUACUUGAAUUUAUUUUUAUUUUGGUGGAUCAUAGUUGGAGAAUUAAAUUAAUGAGAGUAAUUUUUCCAGAGAACAAAGAAAAGAGACAAAACAGACUGUGCAUGAAGUCUGUGUGCCUGAAAGCAGCACAUCUCUUAUUUAUGUGACUGCUUUUAGGCAUACUGGUGAAAGGGAGCAGGUUGAAGGACAGGGCCUGUUGAUUAUUUGAGUACAGGAACAUUAGUCAGUCUCAUCAUGCUACAGCUGACAGAAGGAAAUGUUUCCAACCUGGAUUGUGACUGUGACCAUGUUACUGUAUAUGAGUUUCCUUACCCAACCUGUCAAAAGUUAAUGACAAGUUAUAUAUUUGCAGAGCAGUACUGGUUUUCUGAAACAGAGUAAAUACUUCUUUAUAUUAGUAAAUUCAUAGAUUUCUUAAAAUAUCUGACAGUAGAAGGCAAUGAAGAAUUGUCUUCCACUGUGAGUCCAGUGUGGUUUUUGUGGAAGGAGGGAGAACACCUGGGUUGGGUAGGAAGUGCAGGGAGCAAGGAGGCAAAGAUGCUGUACUCAUGAGCUGUUGCUGGGCAUCCUUAGGGAAUGCCAGGUCUACUUUAGCCUGGUGUUGCUGCAGGAGAGUUACUCUGGCCAUCUCUGUGGAGCUGCUCUUGCCUGACUUAGUUAGAGUGAAGGUCUGCUCCCAAGAGCUGCUGGUCUCUAAAACCAGUUGAAAGAAAGAGAAAGCUGAGCUUUUUAAUAAAUAAGCUAGCAUCUGCUUUGACUGAAUUUAAUUUAAUGUAAUUUGCUUAGCAUUCACUGGGUAAAUUAAAGGUCACCAUGCAGCAGCCUGACUUUCAUGGCUCAAAUCCCAUCCUUGAACAGUCGUUGCUAUGUGAAUAAAGCUGGAGCUCCAGUCCUGUGUGCCCCGAAAUGUCAGCAGGCAGGUCCUCUGUCACAGAUAGAUCAGUUCUGGCAGUGCCAUGAGAGCAGGGGUCAGGAGUGGAGCCCUGUGGGCAGAUCCCACCCGGGUGCCUCUGACCUGCCUUCCCCUGGCACUGCUGGGCCCGAGGCUCUGGGCUCCGUGGGAAAUGCACUGCACUCUGGAUCACACUCUUGAUGUCUGCAGCUGAUGUUUCCAUCUCUCUCCCUUAUCUGGUGACAAUCAUGAAAACUGUAGUGCUUCAGGCUUCUCUUAACACCAGGGAAAGAUGGAUAUUUAUCUUAACAGCGCAGUUUCUGUUCAGCUGUGUCUCCUGGUCGGGUCUGCCUUCCUCCCUUUCUUGAGGAGUGCUGGUUUCUAAAGCACCAUCCAUCCUCCUGCUACAGAGAUUGGAUCAUGGCAGGAAGAGAAGCUGCUUCAGGAUGCUCUGCCAGACGAGGUGAUAAUGGUGCUCACAUCUGAGGUCAUCACCAAAGAGGGGAAGGGCCACACAGCCUUCCAUACUUCCAUUCUUCUCUGUCCCUCUUGGUAGCUUGCAUAAGAUGGAUCAUGCAAGUCGAGCAAGAGUGAGUGCUUUUUUUAGGAGCAGACUUGAUACUAUUUGGCUGGUAAAUAUGGCUUGGUGGGUUGUAUCUGUGAGGAAUUUUUGAGCCCUGUAUAGGAGCAUUUCUGUAAUGACUUCUUAGAAGCAAUUGGUGUGGUAAGGCUACUGGAAAGAAUAGCUCUUCUGAACCAGAUUCCAGUUACUUAGUUUACAGCACUUAAGUGGAAAGAAGAGAUUCCUUAUAAUUCUUAGGAGAAAAGCUGGCAUUUUCACUGAAAAGCUAUAGAUUUUUUUUCUGACAUUUUAUAAAUACUGCACAGAAACUGAUACUGAGGAGAUAAACCUUUCUACCUCUCUUUUAUCUACACCAUAAAAUAGAAGUAUGCUAUAAGCAGACAGUUUUCUAAAAAGUGGUUUGUUUUAUCAAAGUUUGUGCUCUGCAAGUCUUUGAGACCGUUGAGUUUGAUUGUUUGGGUUUAAAUUAAUCUUCCAUAGCACUGCUACAAAUAUACUCUCAGUAUAUUCUCAAGGCUUGGGUUUUAUUCCAAGGUACACAGUAUUCUCUAUGCAGGAAAUAAACAUGCAUAAAUAAACAUGUGUAUGACUCAUGUAGGUCGAGUGCUUUUCUCAAAUGCAAGAUGUUGGCUCUUAAAGAAACUGCAAAGAUGGGCUAAGAUGGAUUUUGCUGAGGGUCUUUCCUCCAGUCUCCUGCUUUGUUCCCCCAAAGGAUACCAAACCUGCUGCCAGGGUGGUGGUGUUGUGUGUGAGAGCUGAGAGCCCACCCAAAUAACUGCAGCUAGGAAAUUUGAAUUUCAGUAGUACAUUGUGUGGCUGAGAACAUUGUUUUGUGCACUGCAAGUAGAGGGCUGCAGUUUUUGAAUGCUCUCAUAUGAUUUGAUUAGGAAAGGCCAUCAGGCAAUCUGCUGGAAGAGCAAAAGAAAAAAAAUAAAAGACCUACAAUUCCAUAGCAUCUCAGUAUUGCUGGUGAAGUUAAUGGCAUGGUUUCUGUACUGGAUUCCUAAAGAAAGAAUAUUGGCUAGGCAGACUUCACUCUGAGCUUCUUAAGCUAUAGUGGUGUUAUGUACAUUUUUAAUUUAUUGGUGGCUUACCGGGAUUUUUGUAACGUUCAUUCCUUCUUCAUUUAACAAAGCUCAGGAAAUGUAAACAGAUUUGAACAUGCUAGUUUCUGUUUUUAUAGCUAGUCAUUAAAAUGUAAAAAGAUUAGCACUGCAUUAACUCUGUUUACUACUGUUGGUAUAUCUGGACAAUUUUGUUGUGUAUAAGUAAGCCCAAAUUCACUUGGAGUAAUUUGGAUCCUGCUUUUCUCAGGAUUCUGAUUAUGAUGUAAAGAGCUUAUAAGGCUUCAACAUUUGUUAUUCUUAGAUCAUCUUCCUUGAAGCCACACAAGCUGUGUAUCAUUGGGUUUGUUGCAGAAAGCACAUCUCUUCCUGCAAGUCACUUUGCUUGACAGGAAAAAUUCUCCAGCUGUUGCAUCCAGCUUCUCUGCCAUGCAGCCUUUUAACACUCUGGUACUGUGGGAGUGAAAAAAAAAAUAAGGAAAAUAAUGGGCUUCUUCACUGUGCUGAGUGCAUUUUCAGUGUCUUAAUCAUCUGUGACAUUUCUUUAAAAUCAGUGUGUUCAGUACAGCAACUUUUAAAUGGUGCCAGACAAUCUUGUCUUGAGGGUUAAACAUGUUCAUCAAAAAAGUCCUUGCCAUCCUGAUGACUUGUUUGUGUUCUUCAGAUUGCAUUGAAACCCCAGUUGCAGAUGUGUACAGUUAGAGUUUGCCUAAUAAAUGUUCUGUUUCUUAUUUUUGUGUUGAAUCCUCGUAUUCGGUUCAGUUAGUGCCAAGAAAAUGAAACCUUUUUGAUGUAUGCAUAUGUACCAUCCUUCCACAACCACGAGUCAUGUUAACCUUUUUUAUUGUAAUAUAUUUGCUGUAAAUAAAAAAUAAAACCUU